AUCACUGGCGGAGUUUUGCUGUCAUCGUUGCUUUGCUCUUUUUCACACAGCUCCUCCAAACACAAAAACAAAAGCCUCUUCCUUCUCUUAUUGGUGAAAUUCAUCUGUACAAUACUGUAUUUGUUUCUUUGAAGAACUCGUAUCAAUCUCAUGGAGGAUCGUAAGGAGAAGGUCGCUCCCUGGCUAUCAGUGCCUCAGUUUGGAGACUGGGACCAGAAAGGACAGGUGCCAGACUACUCUCUGGAUUUCUCAAAAAUUAGGGAAAAUAGAAAGCAAAACAAGAAGGAUGUGUCUAGAGCGAGUCUUGGAAAUGAAGAAGAGUUCAUUACCUCAAAUACCACCACCAAUGCAAGCAAACAAACUCACAUUGAUGAUCACCACCACUACCAUCAGAGCCAGCAUUCUCCAACUACAAGGAGGAGCUUUCUCAGCUACUUCAACUGUUGCAUUAAAGCCUGUCAGCCUGAUACUUGAGGGAAUGUUAUUAGAUGAUUUCAAUGUAAUGAUAUUGUAUUGGGAGACUGGUUUCUUUUGCCUGUAUAAUAUGGUUUCGCCGAGCUCUUUACAUCACCGUUUUAUCGGAUAGGAAUGAUGUUCCUUGCUUCA